AAAAAAAAAAAAAAAAAACCGCACUCGCUCACCGACCGCCAACCAGGCAACCGUAGCCGGACCAAUUCACGACUUUCCGCUGCGAACAGGCAACGUCGACGGCAAAAGGAUUUUGGCGUCCACCUCCAAGUCCCCGCCCCACCGCACUGUCAACAAACCUUUCGAUCGGCGCGAGCACCGUCGCUCCUGUGAAGAGGCAGACAUGGCGACAAUGGACAUAGACUUGACACGCAGAAACAAGAAGCCCAGGCCGCUCAGCGAGUCUGAGCGAGCAAAGCUCGAAGAGUUCAUCGACUCCAUCCACUACUCGGCGCGAUACUCCGACGACAACUUCGAAUACCGCCACGUUCAGCUGCCUAAACAGAUGCUGAAGGCCAUACCGAAAGAAUACUUCGACGGCACACGAGGCACUCUCAAGCUUCUAUGGGAGGAGGAAUGGCGCGCCUUGGGCAUCACGCAGUCCCUUGGCUGGGAGCAUUACGAGGUUCACGAGCCUGAGCCGCACAUCUUGUUGUUCAAGCGACAACUCUAAAGAGAUUUAAACAUGCAGUGACCACUGUACAACGUAGAUGCCUCAGCACUCCACUGCAACGUAGUGUUCACGACGUCUGCUUUCGAAAACUCCACGAGGACAAAGCGAUUUGGACCGCCAUCUGAUUAUCGAGAGGCUUUUCCACACAUCGCGAAUACGCAAAGACCGGAUCUUCGACUCGGUAAGCAGAUGGCGUGGAGUUUUUUAUCUUCUUUUGAAGGCGGAAGAAGCGAGAAUGGCAACGAGUUUAUGGGAUAACGGUUAUGUCAACUUUUGCAACAGAACGAUGGAUGAACUUUCUGCUCAGCACGCAAUUGCAAAGAACCCUUUUUUUUCUCCCUUCCUUUUCUUCCUCUGGUCUUGGUAGAUAGCUGCCCCCUUGGCGUUACCGGGGGGCACAACAAUCAAGAGAUCGCUUCUCAAAA